ACAUCUAUCUUAUUGCCUUUUUUAUCAGCUAUAGUGUCACAAUUAAACUUAAUAUUUAUUCCUUACAAAGGCUUAUUAAAAUUUAUAAAAGAAUAUCAACAAUAGAAUAAUUCAAACUGUUUCUAAUAAGGGUAUAACGAACAUACUCGAUGAAUGAUUUCAUGGUUAUUUGGGCUUAAUAGUUUUGUAGACAAUUCAUUAGGUGUUUGAACUGGGUAAAAAAAAAAUACCGACGGAAAUGCUAAUUUCGGAACACAGGCACAUUUAGCUAACUAGUUUCAAAUGGAUCAGAAGACAAGUUUUGGAUUUUAUUGUCAACUACAAUACAUCUAUAACCUUAAUUAAGUCAAACAUUAGCAGACAUAAACUGAACACAAAGGGAAUGUCUGAUUAUAAUGAGUAAAAUGUCUCCAUGUAACCGUUCAAUGUAAAGUAGAGUGAUAUAUUAUUACAGAAUCUGUCAUAAGCUUUUUGAAGUUCAAGGAAGCAUGAUAUUGUAUACUGAAACGCUUUGAAUAUUGAUAGUGAAGCAAUUUAAUAAUUCUUUCCAGUUUAUUCAGAAAACCGUAUAAAUUUGAUGUAUGUAAUGCUUAAUAUUGAAGUAAACAUUUCAAAUUUAAUUCGGUUUUCAAUGAUUUGAAUUAGUCCAACGCUAAUAUAUUUUAGCCGUAUUUUGAUCACUCUUAGUUGGAAUAUACGCAUCAUAUGUUGAUUGUCUAUACUUAGUCAUUGUGACACAAGUUGAUAUAUAAUACAUGGGACGUGGUAAGCAAUAAAAUCAUGGGCGCAUGUUUUCUCCCACUUCAGACUUGUCAACUAGAUGUAUCUGAAUCCCUGAGUUGACUUCAUAAGUAAGUUGCUAUCUAGAUAGAUUACUUUAGAUGGCUGUCCAAUGCUUACUCAUUCCCGAUGUUACUUCAAUGGAGACUAAUAUAUGACAAAUACACUGAACUAGAAAUGAAGGAAAGCUGUUUCAUAUUACUUUCAAAGAAUUCAUACAUUGAUGAUGAGAUUUUAUAUUUUUAAGAGUUAUGCAGAAAAUUUCGUUUAAAAAGACUAGUACUUUAUUAUCAGCCAAUUUACUUCCCGAGGCAUACUAAGAAACUGUAAUGAAUGAUUGGAUAUCAAUGAGAAUUAGACAUAUUUAUCAACCCGACAAUGAAUCACUUUACAAUGUUGAAGAGCAACUGAACAAUUUUUCGAACAAUGAAAUCGAUCAUUUCAAUGAUAGUUUAGAAACUAGUUUUUCAAUAAAUGAACCCUCUAAUGAAUUAUAUUCACCUGUUAAUACAAUUUUACCUAAUUUAAGUAAACAACAACAACAAGUUGAUAUAAAUCUGGAUUCUAAUACAAAUUUACGAUUUGUUAAAUAUUUUGUUGGUGAAACUAUUCGAAUGCGUUGUAUCAUACCUGAAGGAUCACAUGUGAUAAUAUGGAAUAAAAUUGGUGAAGAAUAUCCCCUUACAAUAGGUAAUCAUAGAUUUAUACCAGAUAAACGUAUUAGUAUUAAACAAAAAUCAUCAAAUAAAUGGAUAUUACGCAUAAUUAAAGCUAAAUUAACUGAUAGUGGUUUAUAUACAUGUACUACAAAAUCUAUACAUAAUGAAUAUAAUAUAAAUGAUCAUUCUAAUCAAACAAAUAGAAAUAGAACACUACCUAUUAUACAAAAGAAUAAUCCUGAUUAUUAUAUAUCUGUAGUGGAACCACAAUUAAAAGGAGAGAAACAAGCAAAUAUUACUGUUGUCUCUGAUAAUUUUAUUCUUAAAAAUAGAACACUUACUGUCACUGGACCACGUAUAGUUUACUAUGGUAGUCCAUUGGAAUUAAAAUGUUAUGCAAAAUUUUCUACUGAUGUACAAUCAUCCGGUUACGAAAUACUAUUAGAAUGGUAUCAUCAUGGUAUUCGAAAAUCUUCAGAUCCAUUUCAAUCUGGUAGUGUGUAUAUAGAACAAAAAUGGUUAGAUCCAAAAACACUUGAAAGUCGUUUAUUUAUAAAAUGGGCAAGUGAAUCAGAUACUGGACAGUGGAUAUGUUUAGAACGGUAUAAACCAAGUGAAAAUAAUACUGAACAUGAUUUUCCACAGGUGAUUCAUUUAAGUCCAAUACAUAAAAGUUUAUUAUCAACGGAAAGAAUUCAAAAUAAUCGUUUACCGAUUUCAUCUAUUUCAAAGAAUCGGCCUUUAUCUUUAACAUCUCCGUUGAUACCUACUUCAAGAAUAAUGUUCGGGAGAAUAGAAGUAGAAAUUAUUGAUAUAUCAAAAAAUCCAAGUUAUAUAUAUAGUAAUACUGAUUCCAAUUCUAAAUUCCCAAUUCAAUCUACAGUCAAAAAUUUUGCUUAUUUAUAUAAAACAAAAUGGUUUUUUGUAAACUUUUAUUUAUCAAUAAUCAUUUUGAAAUAUUUUUUAUAAAAAUAAAUAUAUGCUGAUUUAAUAAAGAUUUAAGUAAUAUCUUACAUGAUUUAUUCACCUGGUAUUGUUU